AUGGCGUCAUCUGGCCCCAACACCAUCAAGGUCGUUGCGAGAUUCCGACCGCAAAACAAAGUUGAAUUAGCGUCCGGCGGAGAGCCCAUCGUUGACUUUGAAAAUGAGCAAUCAUGUCAGAUCAGCUCGCGCGAAGGCAACGGGUCCUUUACCUUCGAUCGGGUGUUUCCCAUGGACUCGCACCAAAGCGACAUCUUCGAUUACUCCAUCCGACCGACCGUGGACGACAUUCUGAAUGGAUACAACGGAACCGUUUUCGCCUAUGGUCAGACUGGUGCAGGAAAGUCUUACACCAUGAUGGGAUCGGAUAUCGAGGACGAUAUGGGCAAGGGUGUCAUUCCGCGUAUCGUCGAGCAGAUUUUCGCCAGCAUCCUCACCAGCCCGAGCAACAUGGAGUACACCGUUCGAGUCAGUUAUAUGGAGAUCUACAUGGAACGCAUCCGCGAUCUGUUGGUGCCCCACAAUGACAACCUGCCCGUGCACGAGGAGAAGUCGCGAGGAGUCUACGUGAAGGGCCUGUUGGAGGUCUACGUGUCUAGCGUGCAGGAGGUGUACGAGGUGAUGCGCCGUGGUGGUGCGGCUAGGGCCGUCUCCGCGACCAACAUGAACCAGGAGUCUUCGCGGUCCCAUUCGAUUUUCGUCAUCACCGUUACGCAGAAGAAUUUGGAGACCGGUUCCGCCAAGAGCGGUCAGCUGUUCUUGGUCGAUUUGGCCGGUAGUGAGAAGGUUGGCAAGACCGGUGCCAGUGGCCAGACCCUCGAGGAAGCCAAGAAGAUCAACAAGAGUUUGAGUGCCCUGGGCAUGGUCAUCAACGCCCUCACGGACGGCAAAUCGAGUCACAUCCCGUACCGUGACUCGAAGUUGACUCGAAUUCUGCAGGAGAGUUUGGGUGGUAAUUCGCGGACCACGCUGAUCAUCAACUGCUCUCCCAGUAGCUAUAACGAUGCCGAAACCAUCUCCACCCUGCGAUUCGGUGUGCGCGCCAAGGCGAUUAAGAACAAGGCGAAGGUCAAUGCUGAGCUGAGUCCCGCCGAACUGAAGGCGCUGCUGCGUAAAGCCCAGGGUCAGGUCACCAACUUCGAGACCUACAUCUCGGCUUUGGAGAUGGAGGUUCAGUCGUGGCGAAGUGGUGACCAGGUGCCCAAGGACCGAUGGACUCCCGCCCGAGGAAAUGAAAUAGUCAGUGCUGCAAAGGCGGAGGCGCGCGCACCGCGUCCCGCCACUCCCUCUCGACUUCAAGACACCCCUCGCUCCGAGACGCCGCGACCGGAUUCGCGCAUCGGUGAUCGCUCCAGCACCCCCAGCAUUAUUCUCGAGAAAGAUGAGCGAGAGGAAUUCCUCCGACGGGAAAAUGAUCUUCACGAUCAGAUCGCGGAGAAAGAGUCGCACAUCGCCAACGUCGAGAGGGGCCUUCGUGAGGCUCGGGAGGAGCUCCGGAGCAUGAAGGAGAACUCGGCACGCUCGGGCAAAGACAACGACAAACUGAACACUGAGGUCAAUGAACUCCGCAUGCAACUCGAGAAGGUCUCGUACGAGGGCAAGGAAGCGUCCAUCACGAUGGACAGUCUUCGGGAGGCUAACUCGGAAUUAACCACGGAGCUGGACGAUGUUAAGCAACAGCUUCUGGAUGUCCGGAUGAAGGCGAAGGAGACUAGCGCUGCUCUGGACGAAAAGGAGAAGAAGAAGGCCGAGAAGAUGGCGAAGAUGAUGGCUGGAUUUGACCUUGGCGGCGACGUGUUCUCGGACAACGAGCGGAAGCUGCAGGAUCUCAUCCAGCGGGUCGACUCCCUGCACAAGGUCAGCGAAACGGGCGAGACGAUUGCCCCCGAUGAUCUCUUGGAGCUCCGAGCAAGCCUCAUGGAGACCCAGGGAUUCAUCCGUCAGGCCGAACUCACCAUGAACGAUCGGGGUGAACUGGGCGAGCUGCAGGACAGCCGUAGAGUGGAGGUUGAGGAGAAGUUGACGAAUCUCGAGCGGGACUAUGAGAAGUUGCUGGAGCGAAACCUGGGCGAAGGGGACGUUGAGGAGAUUAGGGAACGGCUGGAGAAGGUCUACGUUACCCGCAAGGAGACCGAGCUGCAGGCCGCUACUGAGCUUCGGGGUGAGAUUACACGCAAGGACGAAGAGCUAGGCAAGCUGCGUCAGUCCCUUGCGGACUCCCAGUCUCGGGUGUCCACCAAUGGCGCCGCCGGCAAGAACCUGCAGCAGCAGAUUGCCGAGUUUGACGCCAUGAAAAAGUCCCUGAUGCGCGACCUACAGAACCGCUGUGAGCGUGUGGUGGAGCUGGAGAUCUCCCUGGACGAUGCACGCGAGCAGUACAACAACGUGCUCCGCUCUUCAAACAACCGGGCCCAGCAGAAGAAGAUGGCCUUCCUGGAACGCAACCUGGAACAACUGACCCACGUGCAGCGCCAGCUGGUAGAACAGAACAGCAGCCUGAAGAAGGAAGUGGCCAUUGCGGAGCGAAAACUGAUCGCCAGAAAUGAGCGGAUUGCAAGCUUGGAGAGCCUGCUCCAGGAGAGCCAGGAGAAACUCACCCAAGCCAACCACAGAUUCGAAGCUCAACUCACCGCUGUCAAAGAGAGACUUGAAGCCGCGAAGCAGGGAUCGACCAGGGGUCUUCCAGCUAUGGAUGGCAGUGGCGGUUUCAAUUUUGGCGGCUCGAGAAUUGCGAAGCCGCUCCGUGGCGGCGGAGGAGAGAGCAACGCUCCCAUUGCCGGAGUCCAGUCUCAGGAGACGGGGAAACGCACCAGCUGGUUCUUUGAUCGACGAUGA